AUGUCAUUCGAUAGUGGUGCCAUUGCGACGACCAUUUCGUCCGCUCCUCUAUCCCUGUCGCCCGGUGGCUCAGUCCUUGUUCCCAAAACGGCGUCUUCAACGGCCUGGGAACACUCGCACAUACUAUCAUCGCCCGAGGCUGAAGAGAAUUCCACUACUCGCCUCCACCGCCAUCACACGCACCGUUCUCUCGAGUUCGACCGUCGUGCCUCCCCAUACUCAUCACAGUUUACCGAUUAUCCCACUCGAAACAGCCUGAAAAAACCCACCCUCCGGCAAAAACAACUCCAAAAACGGACGCAUUCGUUGCUCACCACUACCAUACUCCGACCCCCCGCUGUCCGACUCGCUAACCCAGUCAAUUACGUACCCCGAAUUACCCCAGUCACCGUCCCGCAUCCGCUGCAGAUUUCCGACGAGCACCUGCCUCUGGAAGCGCACCGAGACGCGUAUCCGCUUCUGACCAUCCCUGAACGACGCCGCAGUCGGUUGUCACAAACCCCAACAAGCUUGGUAGUAGAGCGCAGUCAGGGCGAGGCCGAGAGUGGACGCUCCAGCAUCGCAGUGCCUCGAGGGCAGAGGCGCAGUGGCACAUUCGAUCGCCAUUCUGCUCUGCAGGAGAUGUCCGAACAGGUGGAACACAGCAACAAUGGUUCUCAAGAGGAAAAAGACCUUAGGUCGCCCGAACGGGCCCAUCUAGCCCAGGAUACACUCGCUGAUCAACAGGGUUCGCUGGGACCGCUGCAUGGGGAUCGUCCGCGCCAUAGACCGUCACAGAUUUCCCUGCGUUCACAGUCGCAAAUCGCCUCGAUUCCAUCAAACACAGGUGCACCACCGACCGGCGGAGAGGCUGAAGUCGCGGAGGAGUUGGCAUGGGGCCCCGCGCAUCCUUGCUACCCUCAUGUCAAUCCACAUGUUCCCAUCGGGUCGCAAGAAUACCUCACGACUCGAAUCAUUCGAAUACGACGCGAUUGGAUGGUGAAGGGGGAUCUGGCGCCGACGUUCUCGAACCUCUAUCCUGAGAUUCUGGACCCGUUACUACCGGAACAAGAGUUUCGGCGGGUGAUUGCGACGGUGAACGAGGAACUCAUCAAGGCGUUUGAUCCGUUCAGUUUCCGCAAUCUGAUUGAUGGCGCGCUGGGUCUGGUCACAGGUUGGUUGUGGGAAGAUAUCGGUGCCCCUGGUAUCAAGACCCAUCUGCGACGGGUGGAGGAUUGGCUUGACAAGUGGAAUCGCGAGGUCGGCGCGAAGGAUGGGGUACAUAUAUGGAGUCUGCGACGGACGGCAUACAUGUCUUUGGACAUCCAAAUCCCGGAUCCCAAGGUUGGCAUCAUCCACAGCGAGGGCGUGUCACUGCCGGGGACGAGACCAAACAGUGGCGUUGGGCUUGGAUUCUAA